AUGCCUGUUCCAGACCAGCCUUCAUCUUCUGAAAAGACUAGUUCCCUUAGCCCUGUGUUGAAUACAUCCAAUGGGGAUGGAUCUGAAACUGAGACAACCUCUGCCAUCCUUGCAUCAGUUAAAGAACAGGAACUACAGUUUGAAAGACUGACUCGAGAACUGGAGGCUGAACGCCAGAUUGUAGCCAGCCAACUGGAGAGAUGUAAGCUUGGAUCAGAGACUGGAAGCAUGAGCAGCAUUAGUUCAACAGAAGAACAGUUUCAUUGGCAAACACAAGAUGGUCAGAAAGAUAUAGAGGAUGAACUCACAACUGGUCUUGAAUUGGUAGACUCCUGCAUCAGAUCACUUCAAGAAUCAGGAAUACUUGAUCCCCAGGACUAUUCAACUAGUGAAAGGCCCAGCCUUCUCUCCCAGAGUGCACUUCAGCUCAAUUCCAAACCUGAAGGGUCUUUCCAGUACUCAGCCAGCUACCAUAGCAACCAGACCCUUGCCCUGGGUGAAACAACACCUUCCCAACUCCCAGCUCGAAGCAGUCAAGCCAGAGCUGCUAUCCAGAGCUUCAGCCAGGGCGCAACUAGCCGAGCAGCCCAUUUAGCUGGAUCUGAACCCUCUCAAUCACAUGCUGCCUCUCAGUCAAGAGAGUCCUUUGUGCCGAGCCAUGGGAGCGCGUUCCAUUUGCCUGACUCCCAGCAUUCUUCAGCCCUUUAUUAUUCCAGCUCCACUCUGCCAGCACAGAGAGUGAGCUCUCCCUUGUCCAUGCAGCAGGUAGGCUCUCCCACAAAGCUCCAGCGGGUGGGGUCAGCCUCAGAGAGCACUGGAUACAGCACCACACAGCGGGUCUCCUCUCCUAAGCAGUCUCCAAGCCGGCUAGCCAAGUCAUAUAGCACCAGCUCACCCAUCAAUAUUGUUGUGUCUUCAGCUGGACUUUCUCCUUCCCCAAUACGUGUGACCUCUCCACCAACCAUCCAGUCUAAUAUUUCAUCCUCUCCUAUUCAUCAGCUAAGCUCAACCAUUGGCACUUACGCUACCCUAUCUCCUACAAAACGUCUAGUCCACACGUCAGACCAGUACAACAAGCAUUCACAGGAACUGUAUGCCACUGCUACCCUGCAGAGACCUGGCAGUCUGGCAGCUGGGUCUCGGGCAUCAUACAGCAGCCAGCACAGCCACCUUGGCUCAGAGUUAAGGGCACUACAGUCUCCUGAACACCACAUAGAUCCCAUUUAUGAAGACAGAGUGUAUCAGAAGCCCCCUAUGAGGAGUCUCAGCCAGAGUCAGGGGGACCCUUUGCAGCCAGCCCAUACAGCCACCUAUCGCACUAGCACAGCCCCAUCUUCCCCUGGUGUCGACUCCGUACCCUUACAGCGCACAGGCAGUCAGCACGGCACACAGAACGCAGCAUCGACCUUCCAGAGGGCCAGUUACGCUGCAGGCCCAGCCUCCAAUUACGCAGACCCCUACCGACAGCUGCAGUAUUGUCCUUCUGUCGAGUCACCAUACAGCAAAUCUGGGCCUGCCAUUCCACCUGAAGGGACUUUGGCUAGGUCACCUUCCAUUGAUAGCAUUCAGAAAGAUCCCAGAGAAUUUGGAUGGAGAGAUCCAGAACUUCCAGAAGUAAUCCAGAUGCUGCAGCAUCAGUUCCCUUCCGUGCAGUCAAAUGCAGCAGCCUAUUUGCAACAUCUCUGUUUUGGAGACAAUAAAAUUAAAGCAGAGAUAAGAAGACAAGGAGGCAUACAGUUACUGGUGGACCUGUUGGACCAUCGGAUGACAGAAGUCCAUCGUAGUGCCUGUGGAGCUUUGAGGAACUUGGUGUAUGGGAAAGCUAAUGAUGAUAACAAAAUUGCCCUGAAAAACUGUGGGGGCAUCCCAGCAUUAGUACGGUUACUCCGCAAGACCACUGAUCUGGAGAUCCGAGAACUGGUCACAGGAGUCCUUUGGAAUCUUUCUUCAUGUGAUGCACUUAAAAUGCCAAUUAUCCAGGAUGCCCUUGCAGUGUUGACCAAUGCAGUCAUCAUCCCUCACUCUGGAUGGGAAAAUUCACCACUCCAGGAUGAUCGGAAAAUACAGCUCCAUUCUUCACAGGUGCUGCGUAAUGCCACUGGGUGCCUAAGGAAUGUUAGUUCUGCUGGAGAGGAAGCCCGCAGAAGAAUGAGGGAAUGCGAUGGACUUACGGAUGCAUUGCUUUAUGUGAUUCAGUCUGCUCUCGGGAGCAGUGAAAUUGAUAGCAAGACCGUUGAAAACUGUGUGUGCAUUUUGAGGAACCUCUCCUACCGACUUGCAGCAGAAACAUCUCAGGGACAGCAGAUGGGAACUGAUGAGCUUGAUGGAUUAUUAUGUGGUGAUGCCAAUGGCAAGGAUGCUGAGAGCUCUGGGUGUUGGGGCAAGAAGAAGAAGAAAAAGAAAUCCCAAGAUCAGUGGGAUGGAGUAGGACCUCUGCCUGACUGUGCAGAACCACCAAAAGGAAUCCAGAUGCUGUGGCACCCUUCAAUAGUCAAACCCUACCUCACACUUCUCUCCGAGUGCUCAAACCCGGACACUCUAGAAGGUGCAGCAGGUGCCCUGCAGAAUUUGGCUGCAGGUAGCUGGAAGGGCUGUGAGGAGGAUGUGGCAGGCAUGGUUCAUGCCCUACGUACACUGCCAGAGGGGGCACCCUGCCUGCCACAGUGGUCAGUGUAUAUUCGUGCUGCUGUCCGAAAAGAAAAAGGUCUGCCGAUCCUAGUGGAGCUGCUGCGAAUAGACAAUGAUCGGGUGGUGUGUGCAGUUGCAACAGCUUUACGGAACAUGGCCUUAGAUGUCAGAAAUAAAGAAUUAAUAGGCAAGUAUGCCAUGAGAGACCUGGUUCAUCGGCUUCCAGGCGGAAACAACAGCAACAAUUCAGCCAGCAAGGCCAUGUCUGAUGACACAGUUACUGCCAUCUGCUGUACUCUGCAUGAAGUGAUAACUAAGAACAUGGAGAAUGCCAAGGCCUUACGAGAUGCUGGAGGCAUUGAGAAGUUGGUUGGCAUCUCCAAGAGUAAAGGAGAUAAACAUUCUCCUAAAGUGGUAAAAGCAGCAUCUCAGGUCCUAAACAGCAUGUGGCAGUACAGAGAUCUGAGGAGUCUCUACAAAAAGGAUGGAUGGUCUCAGUAUCACUUUGUAGCCUCAUCUUCAACAAUAGAAAGAGAUCGGCAAAGACCAUAUUCUUCAUCACGAACACCCUCCAUUUCUCCUGUGCGCAUGUCUCCUAACAAUCGCUCAGCAAGUGCCCCAGCCUCACCUCGAGAAAUGAUCAGCCUCAAAGAAAGGAAAACAGAUUAUGAGUCCACUGGAACAAAUGCCACUUACCAUGGAACUAAAGGAGAACAUACUUCCAGGAAGGAUACCAUGACAGCUCAAAACACUGGAAUUUCAACUUUGUACAGAAAUUCUUAUGGUGCACCUGCUGAAGAUAUCAAACAUAACCAGGUUUCAGCACAGCCAGUCCCACAGGAGCCCAGUAGAAAAGAUUAUGAAACCUACCAGCCGUUUCAGAAUUCCACCAGAAACUAUGACGAGUCCUUCUUUGAGGAUCAAGUCCAUCACCGUCCACCUGCCAGCGAAUACAACAUGCACCUGGGACUGAAGUCCACUGGCAACUACGUCGACUUCUAUUCAGCGGCUCGUCCCUACAGUGAACUGAACUAUGAAACAAGCCACUACCCAGCCUCGCCAGAUUCCUGGGUUUGAGACUCGGCGAGAAGGAACAGCUCCAGGAUCUGUGCAUGUGCAUGCAUAUACCACAAGACAUUUUUUUUUCCUGCAAAUUUAGUUUGUUAAAGCCUGUUCCAUAGGAAGGCCCAGAUAACCAGUAUGGAAACCUUGAUUAAGAGAUAUUCUAGAAGGCUAAACGAAAUGAAAGUUAACUUGGAAGUCAAUAGAAUGAAAAAAAAAAAUCCUAAAUAUUGCAGUGUGGGACAACUUGUACUGUUGGCCCAUAGAGUCUUUAAAAAAAAAAAGUGCUGUUUAUUGAAUGUGAUGGAAGGAAGGAGGGAGAAAACAGCAGCGGAUGGUGGGACGAGAAGGUUAUGUUAAGCACAAGAAACUGAAUAGUUUACAUACUUUAUGGGGGACAGCUUCUCACACUUUGUUUACUAUCCUCAUUCAUUGUGAAUCUAGGCUUCAAGUUGCAUUCGGGGUUCCUCUGUACAGCAAGAUGUUUCUUGCCUUUUGUUAAUGCAUUGUUGUAAAGUAUUUGAUGUACAUUACAGAGAAAAGAAAAAAAAAACCAAGUGCAUUGUGUAUAUUACACCAAUGCCGCAGUGUUUCUUCAUCUAUGGUUCUAAAUAUUACUUAAAUUUCAAAAUUUUGAAAGAUGUAUGAAUUUCCAGUUUUUUCUUUUCCCCAGUAUGUUUUAACAAAGACAAAAAAAGGAAUAUUUAGCAGUAUUGUUCGUUCUGAUAUGUGAAUUUGUUCGUGGCAACUAACCAAGGCGUUCAGCAGUUUCUGACAAUUAACAUACAUCAUUCCACACUCCUUGUCAACAAAGUGCUUUUUCACUGCCUAAAAUUUUAGAUGUAGAUAUUUGAAAUAGAUUUUUUUCAUUUAUACCAGUUUUCUUUAUGAUGAUACAGUGUUAAAAGAAAAUAAAUUACAAUUGAUCUGUCA